AUGUAUCAGUAUAGUUCCCAGAUGUACGGAACUGAAUGGGAAUCCUACAUGGGGAUUAGCAACCUAGUCAAGGUUGUUGGAUCAGAACAAGUGAGUGUUGUUGAACCAACAAAAUCACCCUUCAACAUUGUGACCACUCCUCUUCAAAUUCAAACCCCACAAGGUUUUUGUGCAAGUGCAACAAAAGCUCUUGUGAGCUUUCAAGCUCAGCAACAUCAGAUUGAAGUUCCUACUUGGUGCUUUGAGUUUCCAAAGACAACAACAACAGACUCUCACAUGCUGAAUAUUCGCCAAGCUUCUGGGGAUAACUUCACCACAAUCACCACCAAACAAGAUCCCCCCUCCUCUCAAUUCACAAGCUCCUUGUGCCCGGUUGCUGAAUCUUUCUUGUCGUCCAGCAAUGUUGCAGAUUGUCCUUCUUCUGAAAAAUAUUGUAAAAUUACUUCCUAUUCUGAAAAAUAUAGUAGCAUGCAGCCUGAUAGUAUGCCAUAUUACGAUCACUUUUCACAAGAAGAAGAUAAAUUACUGAGAGAUGAUGCUGCCACAGAUGAAAGGCUUCCUGAGAUUUCCUUUCAGAAAAACCAGGUUCUUACUUUUGAGGGUGUGCCACAAAAGCAAGCUCCUCAUCGACUUUGUGGGGUUGCUUGUGUAACUUCUAGCAACUCUGCUUCUAGGAGAGGCAAAAGAAGAAUAAAAUGGACCAAAGAUCUACACGAGCCAUUUAUGAUGAUUGUUAAUAGUCUUGGUGGCCCAGAAAAGGCAAAACCUAAGGCUAUACUAGAUAUGAUGAAAUCAGAUUUGCUAUCCAUUUCUCAUGUUAAAAGUCAUUUACAGGUCUACCAUAAACAUGCACAAACCUUUGCAGGCCAAAUGCAAAUUGAGGAAUCACGGCAACUGCAGCUAGAAGUUAGAAGGAAUAUUUGCCAACAACUAGAGAUGCAACGAAAUUUGCAAGUGCUGAUUCAACAGCAGAGCCAGCAACUAAAAGGAAUGUUAGAUUACCAAAAGGAAAGAGCCAAACUCGAGAAGUUCCUGGACACAGAACUGGAAGCAAUUGUCCCCAAAUGA